AUUUUAAUUUUAUGGGCUGAUGUUGCAGGAUGAAUUGCAAGAAAUAUUAUAUAGGUGGCACGAAAAAAGGAAGCACAGAAAAGUUUUGUGACCUCCCUGGCAUGCCUGAUAACAUUCAUUAUGAUGGACAAGGGCAAUACUGGAUUGGAAUAGCCACGGCCUUUUCUCCUGAACUGGACCUAAUCUUCAAAUACCCUUUCAUUAGGAAGGUUCUGGCAAUCAUCAUAAAAAAGGUUUUAAGUCUGAAUUUCUCAAAGAACGGAGGAGUUAUCAUUGUGGACUUGGAAGGAAAACCUACUACACAUUACUAUGAUCCCAAAUUAUCAUUGACUGGUGGGAUAAAGAUUGGGAAUCACUUAUAUUGUGGUUCCAUUUUAUACCCUUUUAUAACACGUCUUGAUAUUGAGAAGUAUCCUGCUCUACCUACAAUUUAAACAACAAAAAUUCUCAUAAAAUUAUGAUGUAGAAGCAAAUUCUUAGUUUUUGCAUAUACUCAAUAUAGUGGAAAUAAAAUUUUAUGGAGAAUAUAUAUCUUAUUUUUUAUU